UAGUCUCAUAACUUACAAUCUUGUGUUACCGAGGAGAAUGAGCACAGAUUGGAGAACCAUUUUCGUGACCGGCGGAGCCGGUUACAUCGGUAGCCACUGUAUUGUCGAGCUUUUGGAAAGCGGGUACGAUGUUGUAGCGAUAGAUAACUUUGCUAAUAGCGUAACUGAGGGUUGCGGUGAAUCCGCGGCUCUUAAAAAAGUUGAGCAAAUAACAGGGAAGAAAGUUACUUUCUACAAUUGUGAUCUGAUCGACCGGGAUAAACUCGAAACAGUCUUCAGUAAGCACAAAAUAGACUGCGUGAUCCAUUUUGCGGCAAUAAAGGCGGUUGGUGAAUCGAUGCAAGUUCCUCUUCAUUACUACCGAAAUAAUAUUAUUGGUGCCAUCAAUUUACUAGAAGUAAUGAAAGCUGCUGGAUGCUACCAAUUAGUUUUUAGCAGUUCUUGCACCGUAUAUGGAGAGCCGAAUGUACUUCCAAUUACAGAGGAGCAUCCGACUGGUAAUAUUACGAACGUGUACGGUAGAACAAAAUAUUUUAUCGAAGAAAUGCUUAAAGAUAUAUCGACAUCUGAGAAGAAUUGGAAUAUCGUUUCUCUAAGAUACUUCAAUCCAGUAGGUGCUCAUCCUAGUGGCUUGAUUGGAGAAGAUCCUACAAAACCAUUUACGAAUUUAAUGCCUUAUAUAGCUCAAGUAGCCUUGAGGCAUAAGCCUGAACUCGUUAUUUUUGGGGGCGAUUAUCCCACGAAAGACGGUACAGGUGUACGCGAUUAUAUUCACGUAAUGGAUCUGGCUGCUGGUCAUGUGGCGGCUCUAAAUGCUUUACAUAAACGACAUUUGAGGAUAAAAAUUUAUAAUUUAGGUACCGGCAAGGGUGUGUCUGUACUCGAAUUAAUUAAAACUUUCGAAAGCGUUACAGGAACAAUAGUACCGUAUGUUAUUAAAGACAGGAGGGACGGUGACAUAGUGUCUAUGUACGCUAAUACAGAUUUAGCAGAAAAAGAAUUAAGAUGGAAGACCAAAUACAAUGUCGAACGGAUGUGUGAAGAUUUUUGGAGAUGGCAAACAAAGAAUCCAUAUGGCUACCGUGCACCAGUUAAAAAUGGUACCAGCGAACAUGUAAAUGGCACUUCAUAA